GUGCCGAUGAGUCACGCCCCUUCGACCAGCCCACUGCUCUGAUUGGCUGAGAGGAGAGCGCAGGGCGAAAUAUUUGAAUAAAAUCCCCACAACGCUUGUCGCGUGGAAAUUAUGAAUCCACAACUGACAUGGACGGUGGAAAGGGAUGCCAUUCUAUCAUGUUCUUCAAUUACAACCCGCGAGAUUAAUCAAGUUGUUUUUUGGCAUUUAUCUUUUUUAAUGGUAUUCUAUUACUGAUGUUUAAGGUUUCCAUGUGUACUCGCACUGAAUGGCCAUUUCUUUCAGGAGAAGUGAUGUUUGGUGAUGUUUCAGCUGAGAUAUAGUCCAGAACCUCUGAACCGUCAUCAUUAGGUUAUAACUUGUAGUCAAGAAGUAGUUUAUAAGAGGACAGAAAACUGGAAUCUGGAAGAAAACACAUGCAGUGAUUAGGCUACAGAGCGUCAGCUGUCUGUCACUCAACCUGUUACCGAGCAAGAAGCUCUUGGAGUUACUGCGGAAUAAAUAUUAAUUGUUCCGUUUGGAGAUGGGGAGACGGACUCCGGUCAUGUUAGCGGUGUUGAUGAUGGUCCUGCUUGUUCCUGAGAGCUCGGAGGGCAGAAAGGGCCGCGGCGGCCGGACUCAGACUCGCCAGUCACAGCGGGACCGGACGGAGACGACAGAGAGCUUCCCUCUGGACUUUACCGCCGUGCAGGACGGCAACGUGGACACGUUCAUGGAGCAGGUGAAGAACCUAGCUCAGUCCCUCUACCCGUGCUCGGCUCAGAAGCUAGAGGAUGACAUGAAGCUUCACUUUCUGGAGAACUCCUCAGUGACCUGCAACGACGGAACACCCGCCGGGUACUACAUGAAGGAGUCACGGGGAAGUAGAAGAUGGUUGCUGUUCCUCGAAGGUGGAUGGUACUGCUUCAACAAACACAACUGUGACACCAGGUAUGACACCAUGAGGAGGCUGAUGAGCUCUACCAGGUGGCCUCAGUCACGCACAGGUACAGGGAUUCUGUCUCCUCAGCCAGAGGAAAAUCCACACUGGUGGAAUGCAAACAUGGUAUUCAUCCCUUACUGCUCCAGUGAUGUGUGGAGUGGAGCUUCACCAAAGACUGACCAAAAUGACUAUGCAUUCAUGGGAUCCCUGAUCAUUCAAGAGGUUGUGAAGGAACUCCUGAUAAAAGGGCUGGAUAAUGCAAAAGUCCUCCUGCUAGCUGGGAGCAGUGCUGGAGGCACAGGUGUUCUGCUGAACGUGGACCGUGUGGCUGAGCUCCUGAAGAGUCUGGGGCAUGGUUCAAUUCAGGUGCGAGGGCUGGCCGACUCGGGCUGGUUUCUGGACAACAAGCAGUACCGCUGCACGGACUGUGUGGACACCAUCGGGUGUGCCCCAACCGAGGCAAUCAAAAGGGGCAUCAGGUACUGGGGCAGUGUUGUACCUGAGCGCUGCAGACUGGCUCACACAGGAGAGGAAUGGAACUGCUUCUUCGGUUAUAAAGUCUACCCUACCCUGAAAAGUCCAGUGUUUGUGGUGCAGUGGUUGUUUGAUGAGGCUCAGCUGACAGUUGAUAACAUUCACCUUACGGGGCAGCCGGUGCAGCAAGGCCAGUGGCGUUAUAUCCAGAACCUGGGCAUUGAGCUCAGGAACACUCUCAAAGACGUCCCGGCCAUGUUUGCACCUGCCUGCUUAUCACACGAGAUUAUCACGAGAAAUUACUGGAUGGAUGUGCAUGUGAAGGGCACGUCUCUGCCUCGUGCUCUGCAGUGCUGGGACCGCAGCCUCCAGAACAGCCUUCGUAACAACAGCAGUCAUCGGUCUCCGCCUCGUGCAUGCCCGCUACAUCUGAUCGACAGCUGCCCAUGGCCUCACUGCAACCCGACGUGCCCUACGAUCCGAGAUCAGAUGACCGGACAGGAAAUGAGCGUCAUCCAGUUCCUCACUCAUAUGGGCUUUGACGUGCAGCGCAUGGCACAGCAGCAGGGCAUGGAGGCUAGCACGCUACUGGGCAUGCUCAAUAAUGGCAACUGAGCCAUGUACACAGAAGCUGAAUGAA